AUGACCGACGGUGGAAGCUGGGAAUACAAUGACCGUAUCGAAGCCCUACGAGAUUAUGAGUUUCCCAUGCUCAAAGAUAAUGUCUAUCUCGACCAUGCUGGAACAACGCUAUACGCGAAGUCCCUCAUGGACAAAUUCGCAACAGACAUGACCACGAAUUUGUUUGGCAACCCUCACUCAGCCUCUGCGUCCUCCCAAGCAUCUAUGUCUAGGAUAGAAGACAUCAGAGUACGAGUUCUGCAGUUCUUCAACGCCGACCCUUCUGAAUUCGACCUGGUCUUUGUUGCAAACGCGACGGCUGGCAUAAAGCUUGUCGCCGACGCCUUCCGGGGCUCGCCAGGAGGCUUUGAUUUCCUGUACCACCAAGCAUGUCAUACCAGUCUAGUUGGUGUCCGACAAGAGGCUGAGAACAGCCUCUGCCUGGACGACGACGCUGUCAGGAAUUGCCUUGAAAGUGGUGGGAAGAACCCCUUGCAGGACCUUGAACGUCGCGCCAAGUCAACUCUGUUCGCUUAUCCUGCACAGUCGAACAUGAACGGACAGAGAUUCCCCCUAUCCUGGUCCGAGAGGAUGCGCAAGUGUGGCGCGGCAUCGGGUGAUCGGUUCUUCACGUUACUGGAUGCUGCGGCAUUCGCGGCCACCUCUCCGCUAGACCUAGGCAACUCUGAGAAUGCGCCGGACUUCACUGUCUUGAGCUUCUACAAGCUUUUUGGCUUUCCAGACCUCGGCGGCCUCAUCGUGAGACGUCAAGCGGCACCAGUCUUCCAGCAUCGUCGAUAUUUCGGUGGUGGUACUGUCGAUAUGGUAGCUUGUGUCAAGGAACAUUGGCAUGCUACGAAAACGCAGAGCUUGCAUGAAUCCUUGGAGGACGGAACACUGCCCAUUCACAACAUCAUCGCACUGGACUCUGCACUCGACGUACACCAGAAGCUGUAUGGUUCGAUGAAGGAUGUCAGUUCGCAUACUGCUUUCCUAAGCCGAAGGUUAUAUGACGGGUUCGUGGCACUCCAACACGGCAACGGUGAAGCUGUAUGCGCCAUGUACUCGACUUUCUCAGAACAAACAGAUGAUGAUAUAGGGAACGGUCCGGUCCUAGCGUUCAAUCUGCGAAGUCAUCUGGGCGCCUGGGUCAGUCUGGCUGAAUUCGAGAAGCUUGCGGUGCUGAAGCAGUUUCAUAUUCGCACGGGAGGUCUCUGCAAUCCAGGAGGUAUUGCGAGUGCCCUGGGACUUGAACCAUGGGAAAUCAGGCGGAACUUCUCUGCGGGCUUUCGAUGCGGGAACGACAACGAUGUCAUGAGCGGCAAGCCAACGGGCGUCAUCCGAGUGAGCAUGGGAGCAAUGAGUACCGCGUCCGACGUGGACAAAUUCAUUGACUUCAUAUACGAAUUCUAUUGCACUCGCAUUACUGAGUCGGAACCGUCACUCUGGGGGGAACUGCUGGUCCAACAGGAUCCGUCUGACCUUUACGUGGAAACCAUCAUGGUCUAUCCUAUCAAGAGCUGCGGAGGCUAUCGCAUCCCCAUUGGAUCGCCAUGGGAGGUGAGGCCAGAGGGACUGACCUGGGAUAGGGAGUGGUGUCUAGUCCAUCGAGGGACCGGACGAGCAUUGAGUCAAAAGCAGUAUCCUCGUAUGGCCCUCAUCCGACCGGUUAUCGACUUCUCGACUGGUCAUUUGCGCAUCUCAUAUCGCGGGCCUCCUUUGCGAGAUACCCCUGGCCAGGUCUUGGUCCCUUUGUCGGCAAAUCCAGACUUGUUCCGACCAAGCACUUCAGGCCAUGGUAUGACAUCACGAGUUUGUGGGGAGGAAAUAUCGGCGCAAGUCUAUCGAUCCGAUGAGGUCAGCAACUUCUUCUCACGUAUUCUGGGGGUUCCAUGCGCCUUAGCUCGUUUCCCUCCCGGUGGCUUGGGCAAGGGUAUGCGUCAUGCGAAGGCUCAUCUCCAAAACCACCAGAAGGUCAGUUCGAGCGGACGAAAUACCACGCGUUGCCAUCUUCCCAGUGCAGCGACGCCUCCAGACUCGGACUCGGAGUCUGAGCAGCGGCGGAUCCUGUUGUCGAACGAGAGUCCGAUCCUUGCGAUAAACCUGUCGAGUCUCGAAGCUCUGAACCGAAAGAUUGCGCAGCGCGGAGGCAAGGCAGUAUCUGCAGAGGUGUUCCGCGCGAAUAUUGUGAUUCGUUCGUCGACUCCGAAGGGCGAUUCUUUUGCAUACUCUGAGGAUCAUUGGUCGAGGUUGCGGAUCGGGAAGCAAAGCUUCAAGAUGUUGGGGGCCUGCAGGAGGUGUCAUAUGGUCUGCAUAGAUCAGGAGACGGCAAACAAGAGCGAGGAGCCCUUCAUCACCUUGACCAAGACGAGGCGAUUCGAUGGGAAGGUCUUAUUCGGGACGCAUAUGUGCCACGUACCUGUGCCAGGUGUUGAGACCAAGGAGGCCCAGUUUCCUACUAUUGCGGUGGGGGACGAAGUGGUUGUUGACCCGGUAUGA